AUGCAGUUCACGGAGCUAAGUGAACUUAACCACAUGGUGGGGCUCAUGCGACUGGCGUCUUGCAAUAGCCCGACAUUCCAUGACCGGCAAGACUCGGAAGUUGAUCGAAUAUUUAACUCGUCACCUAAGAUGGAGUCACAAUUGCUAAAUUCAUGGAUUGACAAGAUGGCAGCAUUCAAGACGCAGCCGUCCUCUUCUGUGUCUUCUCAAGGGCUCAAGAAAUCACCCAAAGAAGAAACAGCAGGUAAAACACGUGAGGGAAGAGAGAAGAGUAUUGCUUCUAGCAACGGAGCAAGACGUCGCACUUCUACUCAUGCCGGACGUGUUGAUAGGAAAAGCAGCUCUACUGCCAGUACAAAACAUGGAGAAAAGGAAGAUGGAACUGGAUCUGAAAAAAAACAAGAUAGUGCAUUUACGUUUGAAAAGGAGAAAGUGUCACCCAUUUCGUUUCACGAGUCGUCCAUGUUGGAUAAAGCUCUUAAGGGUUCGGCCUCAUCCGCUAUGGGUGCGAGGCCACCUAUGAUGGGAGCAGAUGGAGGCUCUGUGCUGCAUCUGACUAUCUAUUUACCUACCAGAGACGAAAUGAAGAUUGAUCUGUACGAUGUGUCGACAGUCGACGAAGCUAUUCAGGAGCUUUUACGUGUACAUCAGGUAGAGGCACGUCAACCAGCGCUCUAUUAUGGCCACCCUGAAUGCUAUGAACUUCGACUUCAUGACUCUGAUGGCAUUCCAGAUGAAGACUUUCCAGCUCUGGAUCGCUCAAGGAAGAUAAAGAACUUUGGUGAUGCAGGAGGACACGAAUACUGCUUGUGCGAGCGACCUGAUGCUUGCCCGCCCUCGAGUGAUACACCUGCUGAUAUUGCUGCACCUGCUUCAACGGCAAAACCUAGCGCUGCAUCUGCCAAGGCAACAUCUGCCAAUGACAAGGCAUUCUUAAAAAUCUUCAUGCCGAAGAGCGACGACUACACUGUAGUGGCCAUUGACGGCACAACUGUCGGUCAAGAUCUGCUUCCAACUCUUAACAAGAAGCAUCGGCUGCAGCUUUUCCAAGAGCUUUAUGUGCUUAAGAUUAGUGAGGCAGAACGUGAACGACUGGACCUUGCAAGCGACGAGAUCGAUAUGCAUACUAAAUUACGGCCACUUAAUCUUCACGAAGUUACGCUCGCCACGAAAAUCUUUGCUGAUGCUCCUCAGAUCUCUGCACCAGCUUCGGCAGCAGUGGGAGAAACAGCAAAUCUUGACAGUCGUUCCCGUCCGCCUCCAGAAACAUUCAUGUUUAACGAUGUUACCGCGGCAAUGUUUAAGGAAUGGCACAUCAUUAAAAAGAACAAAUAUGGUAAAAAGCAACAACGUAUGCUAGGUAUCGAUCUGAACAAGAUUUACAAUCGCAAAGUGGGAGAGCGCGUCAUCACAUCGAGCAAGUCCACUAAGAUUGCGGAGCGACCAAUGUCUGGUGUGGUGUGGGUACGCUUCAACCAAGAUCCGUCUGAGUUUCAAAUUUACUUCAAAGACAGCAUUGAAGAGAUAAUUACCGAUUAUACAGCCGACUCGCCUUACGAAUGCGCCGAGAUAGUUGCGAAGCUUAAGUACAUUCUUUCGCGUAGAAAAUAA